AUGGAUAAUGGCGGUUCCCUCACCACAGGCACGCUUACCGCCUCGAUAACCCAAGCUGCGACGACGACCAGCAAACUCUACAGCACCAGCACGGCUCUCGCAUCACCAAGCGAAAAUGGAGGAAAUCACGGCCCCACGGUUUCUGCGACUACAAUCGUCUUUUUGGUGCUGGCAUUCAUCUCCGUCGCACUCCGGAUCAUUGCAAGAGGUUUUAUUGCACGGAGAAUGCGCAUUGAUGAUUACCUUAUCCUCGUCGCCUUUGCGUUAUCCUUCGGCAUGUGUCUUUCUAUCAUACAAGGUGUGAACUAUGGGUUCGGACGGCACUCAAGUGCAAUACCGUAUGCCAUGGCACUGGAGAAGCAAAAAUAUCAAUAUGCGUUUACAUUACUCUUUAAUCCAGCGAUUGCUGUGACGAAAGUGUCGAUCUUGGCAUUCUACUUACUGGUUUUCAAAGUGCAAAAGCACUUUCGGAGAUUCUGCUGGAUUACCAUGGCGGUAGUUAUCAGUGCAGGAGUCGCACUUACCCUCCUAUUAGCAUUUCGAUGCUCCCCUAUCGGACUCGUUUUCGAUCCGGAGUCAAAUAGGCAGCCGUUUGAGGGUUGUAUUGGAACUGUUCGUAUAUACUUUGCCUCAGCACCAGUCAAUAUACUCGAAGACCUCGCCAUAAUUGUCCUUCCCAUUCCCGUCCUUACGUCACUCCGCCUCCCUACCCGGCAAAAGGCUAUCUUGCUCGUUGUAUUUAGCCUCGGAUUAUUUGAUAUCGUCGUGGGGAUAAUCCGCAUACAUUACUUCCAAUUAACAGAAAGCCAAGCACUCGACUUCGAUUACAAUGCAGCAUAUUCAUUCAUGUGGGCAGCAAUUGAAGUUAACGUCGGAAUUGUCUGUGCAUCAAUUCCGAUGACAAAGCCUUUGGUUUCAAGGUUCUUUCCUGGCUGGUUAGGCUCGACGUCGCUAUCCGAAGGUCAUCGGGAUGUUACCCACUAUGAUCCUACAUUCUAUAAUAACAGCCCCGGAACCCCGCUGACACCUCAAAUGCCCCUCGCACGUCGUGGCACAAUUGGCAGCACAAGCCAUAGGCCGUCAAUCGGUGUUGCGUGGAUGUCCGCCUAUGGGGAUGACCACGGUGCGAUAGGCGAGCUGGGACAUGUUGAUGGUGAUGGCAAGAUUAUCUCUCCCCGAGGAAGGCGAAAUGCCCACCCCGCCAAUAGACUUGAGGCAGCACUAUGGGAAGAUAAUGCGAUAUUCAUUAAAACACCACCUGGGACGCUUCACAGAAUCGCGGAACGAGGACGGGAGCAUCGGUAUGGCAGCCUCGAAAAUGGCGGGAGUGGUUCUACCGCUGUCGCUCAACCAAGCGAAGCUAGUAGCUAUCUCGAGCAUGUCCCAACAACCACGAAGCCGCAAACCCCACCCUGGGAAAAGCUAGAACUAGAUGAAAUCGAUCCACUAGACUCGAGCGGCAUUGUCCGGUCCCCCACGGCUCUGACCGGGCCCGAAGAGGAUAUUCCACCAUGGGAGAAGCUAGAACUCCCCGGAUUAGAUGAUCCGAACCUUAUGGGGUUCAACGAACCGUUUAAAUCCAAGUCCUCGUCGAAAUCCCCGGGAGAUUCUUCGGCAACUACAUACUACGAACCAAAGAGGAAACAGUCUCGCAAAACAUCUACUUCAUCGACAGGAUCCUCUUCGACCCGGGCCCCAUCUGGAAUAUUUGGAAUCGGACGCUCUCGGAGUAAAUCUAGACCUGAAGGCCUCUCUUUAGAAAUUCCCAACCGAUAUAGUGGCCAAAUCCCCCAGAUUUUUGAGCCAGGGUCCAGAAAGGCCAGUCAAGAUACUGACGUCUCACCAACUGAUAAACGGCGUUCUAUGAAAACGGGGCCAGAACCCCUUCUACCACCACCACCUCCGGGGAUGGAUACCCCGGACGGCUCAACACCCCACCUUCCACCCCCAACUGUCUCCUCGAGGCACCGCUCCAGCUCAUCAUCCGGCGAAGCACCACUUGGUGCACGAAAAGAACAAAUCGACGUCGCCGAACUCGCUAACGAAAAACAAAUCGUCGAACCACCCGAUGAAACACUAACUCCCAUCGUCGAUCCUCAACCCUGGGACAAUCUUCAUUUGGAUGAUUUAAGCAACAAAGCAAAACCAUACAACUCAACCCCAUCACCUGAAGAAACCCAUUCAAAGCCUUCAGCUACUCGUACAGAAUCAACAAAGAGUACUUCACUACUUCGAGAUACCCUUACACGAGAACAAUAUGAAAAAUUAGGAUCAAUCAUAGACCCAUCUACACCAGCUAGCGGGAUUGUAACACCCGCGUGGGCGAAAGAAGAGAAUUUACGGGAUGACGAGGGGGAUACACCCCCUGCGAUAAUUGGAUCUAGUACAGGAUUUGCUAGAGUUGGCGGAGCACCAGCCAGAGAGCGGAAACUAAAAGACUAUUUUGGAGAAGAGAAUAUCGGUGCCUUUAUGGAGAUCGGGCCGGGGAGGUCUGGUAAUCGUGCCGAUGAAGACGAUGAAGAUGAAGACGAGGAUGAGGAAAGGAAGCAGAAGAGAUGGUAA